AUGGGCUUAACUGACAAGAACUUAAGGACUUCCGACAAGGAGCACGUUGAUUCGUCAGUGGGACUGAGGGGAGGUGUAGGGGGUUUGCCGCAUGUGCCUCUGGAUCAAGAAGACAACUUUCAGUUUGAUUCGUCGGUGGGACUAAGGGGAGGUGUAGGGGGUUUGCCGUAUGUGCCUCUGUAUCAAGAAGAAGAAGAAGAAGAAGAAGAAGACAACUUUCAGUUUGAUUCGUUGAUAGCUAGUGGCGACAAGGAAAAGGAAUCUGAAGGAGAGAAAGUGGUGGUGGUGGACAAGGUCAGCUCAGACAUUGUGGAUCUUCGUACCAACAACUUCGUAGCAGACGGUGUUAUCACCAAGUACUUGAAACAUUUAUCUUCUACUAAGCUCAAUAAUGAUGAUGAAGUGUAUCUUGCUGAUGCAACGGUGUCUUCGGCGUAUGCUCAAGAUGCUUCAGCCAUCAAUGUCGAGUUACUACGACGCAGUCGCCUUGUGCUCUUGCCGGUUAACAACAACACCAAUUUUGGGCGGGCAGACAUGGGCACACAUUGGUCUUUAUUCCUUAUUGAUGCCAUCAACGGGCCACCACCACAGUUCUACCACAUGGAUUCUCUGGAUGGACUAAACCGUUCUGCUGCAGAUCGUCUUGCUACAGCACUCGGUGCAGUCUUCCCUGAUGCACCCGGUGUUGUGCAGGUGUCCACACCAAGACAAAAAAAAUCGUAUGAUUGUGCAAUAUAUGUCAUGGCGUUGGCAAAAAGUAUCAUUACAUGGUGGAAAAGCAGAACCGAGUCCACAAAGCAUUGGAUGCAAAUGAUACAGACAGACGUGACCGAAGAGAAUGUCCAUACCUUGAGACACGACUUUGCUGAUCGACUAGAGCAGGAUGAAAAAAAUCAAAAGGUUGAGUGCAAUAAGGAGGAGAAAGCCAAGGAGUGAUGCCAGCCUACUUGUGCGCUGACUUGUAGGUUAGUCUUUUCUUCUAUCCUCUCCUUCAGAAGCUUAAUAAGACCAUCAUCUGUACAUAUUGCAUGAGUCCGCUAUGUGUCAACAUUUUGUUUACAGCCCUUGUUUACUAAUCUAUCUCCCUCCCCAUAUGCAUCUGGAUUUGAGGCACUUCUGAAGCUAAGAAGAGUGAUGGUAAAGGCUCAUUUAGUAUGGUUGUUUAAUACAGCUGUCCAUGUGUUUAUAAGAAUAACAAAUCAAAUUGUGUGGAAUCUCCCUUUUUUAUAUAUUCUAAGAGCCACGACAAGAUCUAUGUUUCCAAA